AGGCGUGAAAUGGACCUCGUUUGCCCAAGUCCGGAAGCUCCCCGGGAGCUCUAACAGUUCUAAGAGCUUGCCUCUUACAUGUGGGGAAAAGGUCUCCUUUGGAAGAUGGAACUCUGUCCGUUUUCCAGAAUGUGUUUCCAAGUCCAUCAGUGAAACAUGAUACUGCUGCUGUGUGUUGAAAUGCUUGAAGAACACCCACAUCUCUGCCAGCGCCUUCCAUCCUGCUGAAACCAUGGUCUUCUCUGCAGUGUUGACUGCGUCCCAUACUGGGGCAACGAACACAACAUUUGUAGUCUAUGAAAACACUUACAUGAACAUUACGGUCCCUCCGCCAUUCCAACAUCACGGCGUUGGUCCAUUGCUCAGAUACAGUAUGGAAACCAUGACUCCCACUGGGAUCAGUUCCUUGACAGUGAAUAGCACAGCUGUAACCCCAACACCAGCAGUUUUUAAGAGCCUAAACUUGCCUCUUCAGAUCAUUCUUUCUGCUAUAAUGAUAUUUAUUCUGUUUGUAUCUUUUCUUGGGAACUUGGUUGUUUGUUUGAUGGUUUACCAAAAAGCUGCCAUGCGCUCUGCAAUUAACAUUCUCCUUGCCAGCCUGGCAUUUGCAGACAUGUUGCUUGCAGUGCUGAACAUGCCCUUUGCCUUGGUAACUAUUCUUACUACAAGAUGGAUUUUUGGGAAAUUCUUCUGUAGGGUAUCUGCUAUGUUUUUCUGGUUGUUUGUGAUAGAGGGAGUAGCCAUCCUGCUCAUCAUUAGCAUUGAUAGGUUCCUUAUUAUAGUCCAGAGGCAGGAUAAACUAAAUCCAUAUAGGGCAAAGAUUCUAAUUGCUGUUUCUUGGACGGCUUCCUUUUGUAUAGCUUUUCCUUUGGCUGUAGGAAACCCUGACCUGCAGAUCCCUUCUCGAGCCCCCCAGUGUGUGUUUGGGUAUACAACCAAUCCAGGUUAUCAAGCUUAUGUGAUUUUGAUUACUCUAGUUUCUUUCUUCAUACCCUUCCUGGUGAUACUGUAUUCAUUUAUGGGCAUACUCAACACCCUUCGGCACAAUGCCUUGAGGAUCCAUAGCUACCCCGAGGGGAUAUGCCUCAGCCAGGCCAGCAAACUGGGUCUCAUGAGUCUACAGAGACCCUUCCAGAUGAGCAUUGACAUGGGCUUUAAAACACGUGCCUUCACCACCAUUUUGAUUCUCUUUGCUGUCUUCAUCAUCUGCUGGGCCCCGUUCACCACUUACAGCCUUGUGGCAACGUUCAGUGAGCACUUUUACUAUAAGCACAACUUUUUUGAGAUUAGCACCUGGCUACUCUGGCUCUGCUACCUCAAGUCUGCAUUGAACCCACUGAUUUACUACUGGAGGAUUAAGAAAUUCCAUGACGCCUGCCUGGACAUGAUGCCUAAAUCCUUCAAGUUUUUGCCGCAUCUUCCCGGCCACACAAGGAGAAGAAUCCGUCCCAGUGCUGUCUAUGUGUGUGGGGAACACCGAACAGUGGUGUGAAUAUUGGAACUGCCUAACAUUCUGGGUGAUGGUUGUUCUUUAUCAGACUUUGAGUUUUCUCUCACAUGGGUUCUCCAAGUAUAUUUCAUUGUUUUUUAUAGGGUGUGUGUGUGUGUGUGUGUGUGUGUGUGUGUGUGUGCACGCGCGCGCACAGUGUAAAGAAAGAAUGGUGGUUAGUUAUAAUUCUGUUACCGAGGAUACACAAUAGGGAAAUGAUCACAAAUGUUACCUCCAAGGUUCAAGAGAAAUCCUUGAUUUAGUGUGGGGAGAUGGUUUUUUGUUUCUUUGAUUUUGUUUUUGAAGCAGGAAUCAGGAUUGUGCUUAUUGAGCCUGCAGUUACAUUGAAUUGUAGGUGUCUUGUAUGCUGCUAAGGUAUGCUUAAUUGAGUUUAUCGGGUUUUUUUCUGGAAGACAUUGCUGCUUUUUGCCAUCACAUUGGAGCCAAAACCACCUAUGUCUCAGUAGAUAAAUACUUACUUUUAUUAAAAAAAAAUAACCCAAGGGGGUUAGUGACAUUUUAAAGGUCAUUAAUAUUUACUUUGGUGCACUUUAAGAAAUAAUGUACAAACUGAUUUAGUCAUGUUUUUCAGAAUUGUUUUUAUACCUGUUGUGCUUUAGGGAACAUUGCAUUAUCAUUUCUAGGAAGACAGUUUUUAAAAAAUGUUUUAUCUGCAUGUCCAGUUUUAAAGGAGAGAACAUAAAAAUGUAGACAUUUUUCUAAGCACGAUAGUGAUUCUUUGGAGCAAAUAGGGCAAAGUCGAGGAGACAGAGCAUCCCUGCUAAUUUAAAUGGGAUUGAGUUGAGUGGGCUGGUGUUUCCUUUACUCAAGAAUUCUCACAGAGUCUAGUGGGGAGAAGGACUUCCCAUUUAUUGGACGCCUACCAUCUUCUAGGCACUGUGCAUUAUUUUAUCCUCACAGCAUCCUGUGAGGUGGGUAGUAUUUUCUUUCUUUUUUGUGAAGAAAGCAAGUCUCAGAGAGACUAGAAUCCUGCCCAAGGUUAAUGGUAGAGCUGGACUCCAAAAUACCUGUCUGAAUCCUGAGACUCCUGUUCUACUGUGCCACAUAGAUAUAUCAUUCUGGUUUAUUAUUUCAUAGUCAAGAAGGAACUCUGGGUAUCAUGUAGUUUUUUUAGACUAAAACCUUCCUUUUAAAAAUAGCUUCACUUUUUUUUUUAUUACCCAAAGGAAACGUGAAAACAUUGCAGUAAGUGUAGAAGAUACAAAAAAAAUCAUUCACAAUCACCCUUGGAAUUUAAAGAUCUCAGAUAAAUAAGGCUAUAAAGAAAUAAGGUGAUUUUUUUUUUUCAAAAUAAGUGACUGACAAUUAUGGAGAAGUUAAAUACAGCUGCGUGGAAGUCUUGGCCUUGCAGCUUCAGAGGUUUCCAGUUGUCCAGCUGUUUCUAAAUAUUCUGGGCGGAACAGCAUUACUGCCCUGGGGUUUGCCCACAGCAGGGCUGGAAUUUGUGAAUAUGCUCAAAAGUGUGUUUCCCACAAAGAGGCAAAGAUAAGCCCUGGUCUGAGCAUAGAGCAAGUUCUAAUAGGGCAAAUCUGGGGUUUCAAACUAUUUUUCUUUUGCCGAAGACCUGCUCCUCUGAGCUGUCAGCACAGAGCCCAAUGCAGGGCUCAAACUCACAAACCGAGAGAUCAUGACCUGAGCUGAAGUCGGAUGUUUAACCAGUUGAACCACCCAGGCGCCCCUCAUGGGCUUUAUAAAUAGCUAAGUUAACCAUUUUUGGAUUUUUACAGCAUCUUUUUGGAAUCUUAGUGCUUUGUGAGCCAGUGGGGAAAAAGCCUCUGUUUCUUCAGUUUUACAGCCACAGAACUGGAUUAAAUGAAUCGUGCCCAACUUUAAUGUGCUUUUUUCCACAUGAGAGUAGAGAUUUGUGAAGAGCCCAGCUGAUGUCAGCAUCAGUCUUUGGCCUCCAGUAUUACUUCUUUACAUUUUAUUUAUUAUCUGUCUCUUAAAAUGGAAUGUCUACUGAAUGUCUGAAGAGCUUAUAGCACAGUAUCAGGAAUUAGGACUUGGGAAGGUUCCAUCACAAAGGACUUGGGGAACCCUGCUCUUAAGACAGUUGUAAUGGUAUUAGAACUCAUUUUCCAGUUAAAGAACUCUUUUGGUUCUCAAAGCAUAUUAUUCAGCAUGUUGUUUUGGGAUCAGCUUCUGCUGAUAAUCACCUACCUCUUUGGUUUCUAAUUUAUAUUAUUCACAGAUUAAAAUUGUUUUGUCCACUAGGGAUCUUACAGAACAUAAACACUGUAGUAGAUACGUAGAAGCACAUGGAAGUGAAUCAUGCUUUCCAUUUUCAAUAUAAACUGGAUUUCAAGCAGAUAUUAAUAAGUAUAUUUGGCUUUCUCUAAGGAAAGUCAGCAUGAUCUGUAUUCAUCUUACAUUGGCAGUAGGUCUCGAGACUCCUUUUGUGAUAGGAGUUGAAACUGAGCUUUGCUUUCUUUGUCCUUGUUUUUUUAUGAGCCACCCUUGGGUACUUUUAUGCUGCCUGGUGGGCAGAGCAUCAUUUGGUGGGAGCACGGAGCGCUUGCUGAGAUGCUUGGUGUUUGGGAAAGAAGACCAUGUGGGGCCUUAGUGAGAACUCAGCAACAACACUGAACAGCGGUUCUCUUCACACUGGAUACUCUUGAUCAGAGGACAGUUUACAAAUCAUUUUGAAUGUUUUUAUUACGUAUACAUUUUGAAAGCUUUAAACAAAAAGUACUCUGGUGUACCUUUGAAAAAUUUAGGUGCAGAAUCCUAUGUUGCCUAUUUCCCUGUGUUUCCUUGAGGGAAAAAAAGUAUCACUACUAAUUAUCGCCGCUGACUGACAUAAUCAGAAAUGUUUUUGUUUUCAUUUUCCUUCUGGCUAAUAAGUAAAGAGGCGUGAAAGAGACAAUGAGAUAUUUGUGGUCAAGAGAAAGAGACAAAAGAAAUCCUCAGUAGUCUGGAGUAGGGAUAUUCAAACUUUAAUACGAAUUUGUGUCUAUUCCCAGGGGAGCUUGUUAACACUACAGAUGCUUGGGUUCCCCAGAGGGUCUGGGGGUGGGGCCCAGGGAUGAACGCUUUUAUUUUAUUGAGCGCUCAGUUGGAUCCUGAUGCACGUCCCUGGGUUCCUGAUUCUGAUGCUGGUGCUUCAAGAAGCACUCCUGUUGAAAAUAUAUGCAUUUUAAUAUUGCCUGUUUUAUGUUUGCGUUGGAAGCCGUUAUCUCCUAGUGUAUGGGUAAUUCACAUUGAGGGGAGAGUCUUUGCAUCAUUGUGCUUCAUUUUCUGCCAUAUGCAUUAGUGCUGGAUCUCGCCAGUGUUAGCCACACCUUCUCUCAGCUGGCAAAUUCUGGUAGACCAUAUUGUUUCACGGUAGAGGAAAGAGAGUGACUUAAUAUUUAAAAGUCAUGACUUUCAAGAGUCUGGUUCCUCUAAUAUUUUCUUUUCUUCUAGAGAGAUGUCUUUAUUGUAUAUAAUCUCCAGAAGAGUAUGAGGGGAGUGUAAAGACUCAUCUAAUUAUUGCUCUGCUUAUGCCAGUCGUGUUCAAUGGAAGCAUGAAGAAAAUAAAAUAACCUUUUUAAUAUAUGUAUUUUGGUUGCUGACAAAGAUAAUUUGUUCCUAAUCUUUGCUUUUGUUUACAUGAAAAUAUUUAUGUAUAUAUCACAGAAAAAAUUUUACCUGCUUGACAUUUUAUUCUACCAUGAAUUUUAAGUUUAAAGGACUGCUUAAUUCAAAUUUAUUUUCACAACCAUAGUACUGCUAAACAGCCUUCUUUGAAAACUCAGUUUUUAAAUAAUAAAAAUAUCAAAGCA